GGUAAGGACAUGGUGUUCUGUAGUUCACCGCAAUACCAUGUGCAAAAGAAGAAAUAAGAUAUGAACUAACGUGACAUAUAAACUUAGUUAUGAAUAAGGGUUUGUCCAACAGAUGUGUGCACCGAUUACUCUAAAGCUAAGCAUUUUCAUAUUAUGCGUAUUUAUCCCAUAACAUGGUGAUGUUCAGAAGAGAGAUCCCUCCUCCUUCCAGGCUGUGAGCAUGGGGAGGACGGAAGAUCUAGUAUUCACGGCUGUUCUGUUGAUGAGCUGUAUGAGUAGAACAUGUGAAGAGGCACCACAGACACUGGUGCAGGUGAACCUGCAUUUCAGACAUGGUGACCGGACCCCGUUCAUCCCCUACCCUAGCAGCCAAUGGCAAGAGGAUGCCUGGCCGGAGGGUCUCGGACAGUUAACACGGCUCGGCAUGCGACAACAGUGUGAGCUAGGACAGUUCAUCAGACGCAGAUACGAUGGGUUCCUUGACAAGUCUUACAUAAGGACAGAGGUCAGUGUCCGGAGUACUGAUACUGACCGGACAGUAAUGAGUGCCCAGACUAACCUGGCCUGCCUGUUCCCGCUAUCUGGACAACAACAGUGGCACGAGACGUUACCAUGGCAACCUGUACCUGUGCAUAUACCACUGCUCCAAACAUUCCCCAACUCUACUUUUGAGGGAUGUCCUCGAUACGAACUUCUCUUCAAUGAGCUAAUGCAAUCAGAAUUGGUGCAAGAGAAGGAAAAAUUAUACCAGGGAUUUGUCUCGAAGGUUUCAAGUUUAGCUGGAUAUACAGAUGCUAAGCUAGAAAAUGUCUGGAACAUGGAAGACCCAUUGUUUUGUGAGUGGUGCCAAAACAAAACCGCUCCAUCUUGGCUUCACUCAGUUUGGCCGGAUACAAACAAGACAAUGUGGACCAUGAUUCGAGAACUUACCCAUUAUUACUGGAGAUGGCAGAGGGGGACAGAUGAGUUAAGGAAGCUUUGGGGAGGAGGUGGGAAAAUACUCUCCGAGUUCGUAGGCAAUAUGCAAAAGAAAAUCUCAGCUGGGCCGUCCAAUACUUCCGUUCCCAAGAUGUUUAUGUAUUCAGGUCAUGAUAGUACAGUGGCGCCUCUAUUGGCAGCCAUGAAUGUCUUCAAUAACGUCUCGCCACCCUAUGCAGCAUGUGUGAUAGUGGAGCUACACCAGGACCCGGUCACGGGAGGUCACUGGGUGCAGGUGCUCUACAGGAAUCUCUCACGUGACCCUGGGUCCAUGAAUACACACCCAGAACCAUAUGAACUCUCCAUUCCAGGAUGUAAGUUUAAAUGUCCAUUUGACAGAUUUCUCAGCCUUAAUGCAGAUGUUUUGAUGACAGGAGCUGAAUGGACAGAAGCCUGUAGUAUUACCACUGCUAAAGAGAGAGCUCUCAAAAUAGUAGCAAUAGUCGCUAUACCAGCCCUGGUUAUAGUGUUAGUUAUCUGUGCAUUGAUAUUUUAUUCUAGAAGAAAAAGAGCAAAACAAGAUUUCACUUCACAACCCCUUCUUUCCCUUGAAGAUGAAGACGAAGAAGAGUUGUGAUUUUUUUAUUUACAAAUUGGAUAAUUAUCGAUAAACAUUCUGUAUUUGAUUAAAAUUUAUAUUUUAAAUAA